GCCGAAGCCGAAGCCGAAAGCAAGACGAAGAAGAAAUCCCCCGAAAAUUUCCUUGCCGUCUCCUCCAUUCCCGGCGAACUUUCCGGCUUGUCGCCGUCGCCGGAGACCAGCGAACCACUGGCUCCUCUGGCCGCUCCGCCCCGUCCGGUCCCCUCCUGGCCUUCCGUGCUUGGGGAUCCCGCUGGAGCGGAGCAAUCCCCGCUCUCUUCCGCCCGUGGAAUUUUGCCACCGGAACUCGCGAAGUGUUGAGGAAGAGUAUUCGAGGUGAAUUUCCUUUAAUUGGUACUUCUUCCGGCGAGAUUCUGGAAUAUCCCUGUGGUGUUCUUUGGAAUCUGGGGUCUCGGAGCGAGUUGGAUUAGUGAAUUAGGGCUAGGGUUUUGGACUAGGGGGAGUUAGGUUGGAGCUUAGGAGGUGAGAGAAGCUGCUGGAAUAGUAUAUUUGGGCUCGUGAGGGUGAAGUUUCUUAAUAGGGAAAAAGAUAGCCUUUUGAUUGCUUUUGGCGAGCACAUUGGGGGGAAUUUUCUAUGGAGGAUGGCUUGUCUAUAAAGAGAGGGAAGUGGAAAGGGAGAGGCUUUCUUUGCCAAUAAAGUGAGGGGAGGGAACGGUGGGAAGAAAGGAGGGAACACUCUUUUGAGGUAUUUCAGAUCAGGGAAGCUGCUGGGAUCUGCUUAGAUGAAGGGUCCGGUGUCGAAUGGAUUCGCAGCAAAUCCGGCAGAAGGAGAAAGAAAAAGCAUCAAUUCGGAGUUAUGGCAUGCUUGUGCUGGACCACUGGUGUCUUUGCCACCUGUUGGCAGCCUUGUGGUCUACUUUCCACAAGGUCAUAGUGAACAGGUAGCAGCCUCGAUGCAAAAGGUGACCGAUAGCAUGCCAAAUUAUCCUUCACUACCUUCUAAGCUGAUCUGUGUUCUUCAUAAUGUCACCUUACAUGCUGAUGCUGAAACAGAUGAGGUUUAUGCUCAGAUGACUCUUCAACCUGUUAAUAAAUAUGAUAGAGAAGCAAUGCUGGCAUCUGAAAUGGGCCUCAAACAAAACAAGCAACCAACAGAAUUCUUCUGCAAAACACUCACAGCAAGUGAUACAAGUACCCAUGGUGGAUUUUCGGUACCCCGUCGUGCAGCUGAGAAGAUAUUUCCACCUCUAGAUUAUACAAUGCAACCACCAGCUCAAGAAUUAAUAGCUAAAGAUUUGCAUGACAUUUCGUGGACAUUUCGUCAUAUCUAUCGAGGUCAGCCCAAAAGGCAUCUACUGACUACAGGUUGGAGUGUAUUUGUUAGCACAAAAAGACUUGUUGCUGGUGACUCUGUUCUCUUUAUACGAGAUGAAAAGUCACAGCUUCUCUUGGGUAUAAGGCGUGCUAAUAGACAACAACCUGCUUUAUCAUCUUCAGUCUUAUCUAGUGAUAGCAUGCAUAUAGGAAUCCUUGCUGCUGCUGCUCAUGCUGCUGCAAAUAACAGCCCAUUCACUAUAUUUUACAACCCAAGAGCAAGCCCCUCGGAGUUUGUUAUACCUUUCGCCAAAUACAAUAAAGCAAUGUACACCCAAGUGUCUCUUGGCAUGCGAUUCAGGAUGAUGUUUGAGACUGAGGAGUCUGGAGUGCGUAGAUAUAUGGGCACGAUUACAGGCAUCAGUGAUUUAGAUCCACUGCAGUGGAAAAAUUCACAGUGGCGCAAUCUUCAGGUUGGCUGGGAUGAAUCAACAGCGACCGAGCGGCGGACCCGAGUGUCAAUAUGGGAGAUUGAACCUGUGGCAACUCCUUUCUAUAUAUGUCCACCCCCAUUCUUUAAACCCAAGUUCUCUAAACAACCUGGGAUGCUAGAUGAUAAGAUGGAAAUUGAAAACACCUUUAACAGGGUAAUGCCAUGGCUUGGUGAUGACUUUGGCUUAAAAGAUGCUCAAAGUGCAGUCUUUCCAGGCCUGAGCCUGGUCCAAUGGAUGGCCAUGCAACAGAAUUCUCAGCUAAUGGCACCAGCAGCUCAGUCAACAUACUUCCCUUCCACAGCUGCAUCAGCUAUGCAAGAUGGUCUUGGCACUGAAGACCCAACAAAGAUACUAAAUUUCCAGUCACAUGCCUUACCUUCAUCAUAUCUGCAGUCCAGUUCCAAACUAAAUCCUCAGACUCAGCAAUUCGAUAAACAGCAUCAACCACCUCUAUUAUCAUCUCAACAGCCAUUGCAGCCACAACAACAAAUUUCGAUUCAUCAUCAUCAUCAGCAGCAACAACAGCCACCACCACUGCAACAAAAUACUGCCCAUCUUCUGCCGCUGCAGCAGCAACAGCAGCGUCAGGAGCAAGCAGAACUGCAGCAGCAACAUUUACAGCAGCAGCAACCAAGAGUUGCGGCUAAUCAGGAACUCAUUGAUCAGCAGCAACAUCAGCCUGUUCGUAGCCAACCUUUACCUCCAACCCAGUUAUCAAACCAAAUUUUGCAGCCACCUUCAUCUAAUGUUCAACAACAAGGGUUACCUAAACCAAACACUCAACAUCAGCAAGGCGCUUGUUCUCCCAACCCUGGUUCUCUCCAACCAUCAUCCUUGCCACAAAUCUUGCAGGUCCAACAACCAGUAGACCAUCAAAAUACUCUUUUUCAGCAACAACAACAACACUUGCAACAGCUGAUGCAACCACAGCUUCAGCUGCAGCUGCUGCAAAAGCUUCAGCAACAACAAUUGCUCUCUCAGCUCGGUCCACAGCUACAAUCUCAAUCAUCACAGCAACUAACUCAACAUAACCAGCAUUUUCAACAGCAGCAAAAUUUGCAGCCACAGUUGAAUGGCACCAACAUUCUACCAGCUCAAGUGAAGCAACUGCAGCAAAUGCCUGCUAUGUAUGACAGUAACCACCUCAAGCCUCAGUUACCUGCUAGAGCUCAUUCUACUCUCAGUGAGAACAAAGCUCCAUCUUGCUCUACCUCUCCUUCCACUAACUGUCAUUCUUCGUCAAACUUACUAAAUAGAGUUCAGCAAGGCCCAGCUGUUUUGGUUGGAGAGAUAGGGGUACCACAUAUGGAAAAUCUGCUUCAGGAACUUCAAAGCAAGUCAGAUGUUCAAGUCAAGCAUGAAUUACACUGUACCAAAGAGCCUACUCAGCUGCCAAACCAACAUGCCACUGUCGAUCAGUUAGAUGCUUCCUCUGCAACCUCAUUUUGUGUAGAUGGCAGUACACAUGAAGGAAUCUCACUUCCACCUAUAUUAGAUGGUGAUGUUCAAGUAGAUCCUAGGGACAACCUUCUUGUUGGAACAUACAGUGAUGGUUUGAUGCCAGAUGCCCUGCUGUCAAGAGGCUUGGGCUCAGGAAAGGAUAUCCAGAACUUGAUUUCUGGUUACGGUAAUCAGGGAGAUGUAGAAACAGAAUUGUCUACUGCUGCUAUCAGUUCUCAGUCAUUUGGUGUGCCACACAUGCCCUUCAAGCCUGGCUGUUCAAGUGAUGCUGCAGCAAAUGAGAGUGGAGUGCUGAAUCAGGGAUUUUGGUCUAGCCAACCACAGCGCAUGCGAACAUACACUAAGGUUCAAAAGCGUGGAGCUGUAGGAAGAUCUAUUGAUAUUACCCGUUACAAGGGGUAUGAUGAGCUUCGACAUGAUCUUGCCUGCAUGUUUGGGAUUGAAGGGCAGCUCGAAGAUCCACACAGAACUGACUGGAAACUGGUCUAUGUGGAUCAUGAAAAUGAUAUCCUACUUGUUGGUGAUGACCCUUGGGAGGAAUUUGUAAACUGUGUUCAAAGUAUCAAGAUAUUGUCAGCAGCAGAAGUCCAGCAGAUGAGUUUGGAUGGUGAUCUUUCUAAUAUCCCUGUACAAAACCAAGCAUACAGUGGGUCCAAUAAUAAUGGUGAUCUGUGGAGGGGGUGAAUUUGAUGACGCGUCAGCUGCUUCCUUUCAUCGUUGAGGGUAACAAGAUUUAUAAAAUUAACGACAUACUAUAGAUUUGAUUGAAAUCAAAUGCUAUGACAAGGCUGGAGUUGGAGGAGACUGAUAAUUCAGUUAGAACGAGUUCCAACUUCCAAGGGAGGUCUGAAUAGAGCAAUGAGCCUCUAUACGCGUCUACACAGGUGGCCAAAUUUUUCCACAGAAAGCUAAGGUUAGACCAACACCAACUCUCUGCAGUCAUUAUACUGUAAUUGUUGGACUCUGUAACUAUGUGCUACUUAAUAGAUGAGGAACAUUUGAUAUGAUAAGGAUGUAUUCCUUUUUCUUGUUCUCUGAGAGAGCAGUUCUUGAUGUACAUGCAUGUUCAGCAAUUUAAGACGAUGGUUCUGUCAGAUAACCAUCUCCACCAGUCAUUCUGUAGUCUGAAAUUGUAUGUUAAAAGAUUGUAACUGCUAUUAGCUUCAUUCAACUAGAAGUUUGAAGCCUUGCAUUGUAUCUGGCACUCUUUUAAGUUAUUAUCGAAGAAAGCACAAUGAAAUCACCUUAAA